AUGAAUUCCGGCAAGUCAAGAGUCAUGGUUGCCUGCACGCACUGUCGGCAACGGAAUUCUCACUUUUCAGCAAUCAACGAGUAUCACCAUGAUUCUACCUCUGCGGCUUCGGAUGUCAUGCUCCAGCGGCUCGAAAGUAUCGAGAAGCUGCUGGGAGAGCACGCCGAUGCACUGAAAGCCUUGCAGCACGAAAAAGCACAUCAGCAGCAGCAGCGCAGAACUUCGCCUGCAUUCAUGAUGUCGCCUCCAUUGCCAGACUUUUUUCGCCGGCACACGGAAAGCAUCGAUAAUGACAGUGGAUUGUCGCCAUCAAACGAGUCCUCGAUGCCCCAUUCCACCUGGGCCCUUACCACGCAGGAAGGAGGAGAUUCGUCAAGACAAGGCGUGAAUGCCGAUAACGUGCCGCCAAUCACGAUACCUUUGGGUCACCAGACGAGCACCAGCAGUCUGUUGAGGCUGCCGCAGAUGCGCCCUUUAGUGGGUGAUUAUCCGGAAGAUUUCUUUUUUCGGGUCGAGGACGAUAGGAGUCGGUCUACAGCGUUGGACUUUAUGGCGGCUCCAGGCCUGCAGGCCGAGGAAGAGCACGUCGACAGAACGGUUGCGGAUGACUACCUUAAUAGCUUUCUUGCCAUGGUGCACGCUUUCCAUCCCAUUUUUGACCGAGACGACCUCCUCGCAAGCUACGAAGUGGUAAUGAGACAAGGCCUCGGCACCGAUAUCCGAUCUGGCGUGUUCCUGGCCAUUUUUGCGUUGGGAGCUACGGCAUCUGACCCCAUCAACCGGAAGCAGAGCGAGAACACGGGCGAUGUCUGCAUGCAAAGGGCACUCCGCAUCCUGAUACCGGCAUGGACGGUGUCGUUUAGUGGCAACAUUCAGCUGUCGCAGGGGCUCAUCUUGUGCGCGCUGUAUUUCACGUAUGUGGUGCAGCCGUUGACGGCGUGGAGGCUGAUACAUAUGGCUGCGACGAGCAUACAGCAGCUUUUGAUUCGGUGUAAGGAUAUAUUAUCUGGCCAAGCUGAGAUUCAGGAGUUGACUCGGCUGAGUUGGGUGUGCUUUAUUGUUGAAAGUGAUAUUCUUGCAGAGUUUCAUCAGCCUAGGAGCGGUAUCGACGUACUCGUGGACCGGAUGCCUUUUCCCAACUACGGCACCAGCCCCAAGCUCGAGCAUCUCUGCGUUCUUGCUGAAAUAUCAGCCCGCUCUCUUCUGAACCGAAUGCAUCACGCUAUCUACUUCACAGACAGCCUCACGAUAUAUGCAGGCCGUGCCCUCGACUCGCUCACGACAACUCAGUCAGCUUCGACACCUCCACACCCAGAUGCAUCUCUGCUACGCAUGUGCAGUGAGCUGAAUUUCCAACUUGAAAGGUGGUACGAGGCCCUCCCGGUGGACAUCAAACCAGACUUGUACGAUGGUCCGCCGCAGAACAAGCAAGCGUCCAUACACCGUUUGCGAUAUUGGUCUGCCAAGCAGAGCAUAUAUAGACCAUUCGUCAUUCACGCCACCUCGUCGCAGUUUGAUAAGGCCGAGCUGGAGAUGCCGCCGACGGUGGUAUCUCAGUCGAAAGUGUGCUUGGCUGCAUGUCGAGCGUUUCUGCAUGGCGUCGGAUAUUUGCUCGCGGACAGGACGCCGUAUGCGUAUAGCUCACUGCAGUUCUCUGUGAACUGCUUCUUAGUCCUUGCUCUGGCGGCUAAUUCGCCCCAUCUGGGCCAUCUCGUGACGGACAUUGACGCAUGUCGCCAGAGCGUCGUGAAAGUAGUUGAGCCCUGGGCGCGACCUGGCACGAGUGCUGAACACGAUUUGGAAAUCGUCAAUUCAGUUGCCAGAAAGCUACGGCUUCGCGACAGACAAAGACACUGA